CAAAGGUCAGCUGUCUGUACUGAACUGAAAACAGCAAGGACAUUGAUUAUCAGAGCGCAAUCAGACUCCAAAGUUCAUAGCUGUGUAACACCAACAGACUGAGAGACACGGCAGAUUCCAGACAGGACGAACUAGAGGAGAGAGCAUCGGAGGAUUUUAUGUGCCGGUUACAAAAACAUUAAAGGCAGAACUGCAGAGGAAGAAUUUAAAAAAAAAGUUGUGAAACAGGACGAGUUCAUCCAACGGAGACAUUUGCUGGAACUAAAGACGGAGACGAUGGACAUCCUGGAGACACAUGCCUACGACAGGCGGCAGAGGAGAAACAUGUCCUGUGCUCUUCUUUUCUCCCUCUUGCCUUUCUUUUUAUCCACAGCUUUGUACUUCUACCUGUGGACACCUGACUCACCUGCGUCCAUCACGUCCGCAGGUGUUAAAUCAGCACCGACACUCCUGCUGGCUGCAGUCGUGCUGAGCUGGAACGGAGGUCAGAGUGUGCUGGGUGUGGUGGGAGGAUUGCUCUUCUCUGCUGUCGGGGACUGCUGCCUGGUCUGGCCUGAGCUCUUCCUGCAUGGAAUGGGUGCAUUCGCUGUGGCUCAUCUGCUGUACUCGCUCACCUUCCUCUCCGGCCGUUAUGCAACAGAUUCCUCUUCUUCUUUGAACCGGUUUCUAUACCUGAUCCUGUUCAUCACGGGAACAGGUUUCUACGUCUACAUAUAUCCUUUCCUGCAGAAGGUGCCCAACUCAGAGCUGCUGGUUCCAGGUGUGGGGGUCUACACUGCCCUAAUUGCUCUCAUGGGGUCAUUAGCCAUCAGAACCCGCCAUGCAGCAACACUGUUAGGAAGUUUGAUCUUCAUGGUGUCCGACAUGUCACUGGCUCUGCAAGUUUUCAAGGUGACGGCACCAAUGGAGCACGGCAACGCUAUUGUCAUGGUGACAUAUUAUUUGGCGCAGCUACUAAUAGCUGUGGGUGAUGUAAGGGCAACAGAGAACGAGGACGACUUUGCAAAAUGGAAAAGGGCCUAAACAGCCUCCCUGUGGCAUCCCUAGAGUCCGACGUAUCUCCGUCAUCCUGGGAAAAUCCCCAAACUCUCUUUAUAUACCUCUUGUAAGUCUUUUAAGUUUUUAAUAAGAACCCAUCAAAUACAAGAAAAUAGAAGAAAAAUUCUCCUAAUGGUUGGCACAUGACAGCAACCAUAUUCUGCAUUUUAAAAAAACACAUUAUACAAAUAAAACUGAAAUAAACUCCAAACACAUUGGUU